AUGGGGUUGAUCAGACACGCCAUCAAAAAGUUUGAACGUCUCAAUGUCAAUCAUGACAACGACAAGCAACAGCCGCUAGCCCCUCAGCAGCAACAGCAGCAGCAACAGCAGCAACAGGCCCCUCAACAACACCAGCCGGAGUCUCCGCAACAACCGUACAGCCGGCCGCCAGCGCCGUUGCCACCCCAAUCGUCGCUGAAACCGCAACUGAAGUCAGCGCUGGCACCGGCGUUUAAGCCUCCGGCGUCUUCUGGAGGUGAUGCUGGUAUUUUCGGGGCACCAAUUGCCACGGGGGAACCACCUAAAAUUUACACAAAAAUUAACCACGCCGUGCUUCCAAGAGGGUGUAGCCACGGCCCCAACGAUGCCCCGCUUCAGACGAACAAUUUCGCCCUGAAUUUAGCGCUUGACGACCAGACAUUCCCCGUGUGGCCGCUCCCUUAUUCGUUAUGGGUCACCAGAGACCCCGAGCAGAUUCCCGGGAUGGCGUUUAACCACACUGAAGCUAAGCAGAGAGUGUUUGGACCUGACCCCCAGCAGAACCCGGCCCAGUACUUUUUCAACCCUCCUAAGAUUAAACUGUGGGUAUUCUCCGCUGAGGGUCUAGCCACCAAUGCCACUUUGUCAAUUGCCAAUAUUUCCAAAUUCUCUGCCAAUACUCGCUUUGAAGUCAAUGGAGGCACGGUGGAGUUCCCUAUUGUUCAAGGGAUGGGGUUUGUCACUGCCAUCUACAAAGGUGCCACCCCGGUAAUUAACCUGCAAGUGGGAGUACACCACUGGGACGAAGUCGGCCAAGUGGGCAAUAUGAUCAAGUAUAAGGCGGUGUUGUUCAACGAGGUGGUGUGGUCAGUGUACGUCAGUGGCGGUAGACUCAACUUAGAGAACCCCAAUGUGAUUAAAGGUGGAUUUAAUCAAGGGUUCAUCCAAAUUGCUCGUGGCGAAAGCCGGGCCUAUGACGAUACUGCUGGCUGCUGGCCAGUUGACGUCCAGCUUGGUGGGGAUGAUUCCACUUAUACUUUAUCUUACCAAUUGCUGGGCCAAAGCUCGCUGGGUAAAACUCUUCUUUGGACGCUCCCUCACCAGUACGAAACGCUUGCGGCUAAUAACGAUAUGGUCGACGCUCAAAUGCAAUUAGACUCGCCGGUCAAGGGGGUGAUGAAGGCGUUCGUCGCUAAUCAAAUCAAGGUCACUGAACAAGACUUACCUCGGGGUAUUCUGUUUGACCCCUGGCUGGAACGGGUAAGCCAGCCUCAGUACUCUCAACAGGCGCUUGACCUUAUCAGAGCCGCAGCCUCUCUGGAAGUGCAAGAAGACGUGGUGGGGAUGGCCAACAUCGACUCCAUGUACACUUCGGGUAAGAUCCUCGAUAAGUAUGCUCACAUUGCCUGGGUGACUAAGUUUGUGUUGAAAGAUGAUCAAUUGACUGCUACCGUGCUUGACAAACUUAAAAAGGCUAUCGAUAUCUUUGCUCAAAACAAACAGAAAUUCCCGCUCCGUUACGAUACGAUGUGGAAGGGGAUUGUGUCGUCAGCAGAACCCGCGGCUGACUUCGGUAAUGCCAACUACAACGACCACCACUUCCACUACGGGUACCAUAUCCAUGCCAUUGCGCUUGUGGCCAAAGUAGACCCCAACUACCUCAACGAAUACCCCCACGUUCGUGAGUACGCCACGACGUUGUUGAGAGACGUGGCACUGCCGCAAGCGGACGCGUUCUUCCCGCAGUUUCGUCUGUUUGACUGGUACCACGGUCACUCGUGGGCUCAUGGGCUUUUCCCCAGUGGCGACGGUAAGAACGAAGAACUGUCUUCGGAAGACUACCACUGCUAUUUUGGUAUGAAACUCUGGGCUCAGGUGAUUGGCGAUCAGGCGAUGGAAGCCCGGGCCAAUUUGAUUCUUGCCAUCAUGCGCCGUUCCAUCAACAAGUACAUGUUGUACUCUUUAGAUAACAAGGUCGAGCCGCAACAGUUCAUCGGCAACAUGGUGCUGGGUAUCCACUUUGAGAAUAAGAUCGAUUACCUGACGUUCUUUGGACGCGGUUCCGUCGGCGAUGAGUGGAUCCAUGGUAUUCACAUGUUACCUACCACUCCAAUCUCUAAUUACAUGCGUGGCUCCAAGUACAUCAAGGAAGAAUGGGACAGAUGGCUCGCGCCGGUGAUUGACCGAGUUGACGAUGGGUGGAAGGGUAUUUGCUUGUUGAAUUAUGGUGGGUACGAUGCUAGAGCUGCCUACUCGUUCUUUGCUGGUGACAAUUUCAAACCUCACCUUAUUGAUAAUGGGAUGUCGAGAACAUGGUCAUUGGCAUACUUAGCUGGUAUCGGUGGAGACCGUUAG